AACCAAUGGCUUUUUUAGAAUUGAUAUCAGUGUUAAAAUAGACAUAAAAUCGUAUUAAAAUUUUAAAGUGAUAUUUUGUCUAACAAUAAAAAAAAUGUCAAAAUGACACUUUUUAUCAAACAAAUGAAAUAUGGAAAUAACUACUUGAAACGUUUUACCAUAUCUUGGACAGAAAAUGAAGUUUGUCAAACAAAAAUUACGUAAAUAUGUUACUCAACAUGGGUUACUUGAGAAAUCUUUAAAUCAGUUCCGUUGCAUGUUGUGUCUAAUCAGUUACGUACGUUAAUAAACCAUUUCUCAUUCUAUAAAUACGAAGUUUCUUCACACAGCCAAACCACACAAACAUCAAAGUGAAAAGAAGAAAGAAAAAGAAAGAGAUAAGACUGAUUAGAGAAAUGGAAAGCAAAUCAAGAGCUAUUGCCUCCUUAGUCCUAGUUGUAGUCUUAAGUGUUGCAGGUUUGAUGACUCCACCAGUUGUAGUAGCUCAUGAACAACCACCUCAGUCUCCUAUCAACAUAGAGAAAUGUUGGUCAUCUAUAUUUAACGUCAAUGGGUGCGUACUCGAGCUCUACAGAUCAGUAUUCUCCGGAAAAUUUGGCAAUGUUGGAGUCGCAUGUUGCAAAGCAUUUUCAACCAUUGAUGCUAACUGUUGGCCUCAUAUGUUUCCAUUGAACCCGUUCUUUCCACCUCUUAUCAAAGACAAUUGUGCACACAUUGUUCUAGAGUGAAGUAGAACAUCGUUUAGCUUUAGAAAACUUUGUAUUCAUGUUCCAAGUCUUAUGAAUGUCAAAUAAAAUAAAAUAAUUGUUUUCGUAGAAUCCAUUGAAGAUUGUGCUAAAUUAGUAACUCUAUUUUUUUCUCUUGGUCACGAAUAUAUAAAAAAUAUUACAUAUGAAGACUGAACGAUUUAUGUAUCUAUUUACUUGUCAUUUUUUUUUGCUAACAUAUCUAUGUACUUGUCUCUUGAACCAAAACGUGGGUUAACUAUAUAAAUAUAAAAGCUAAAUUCUUAAUAAUAAUUCAAGAAAGUGUUGUGUUGGUCUCUUUAAAUUGGAUUUCGUAGAAAACAGAAUGUAAACUAACACAUCAAUCACCAGGUAAACUAUGUUCUGGUACAUGUAAACAUGUCACGUAAAUGUCGAUGAGUAUUAAAAAAAAAACUAGUGUAAUUGUUCUUACAUAACCCCUCUUGUCACGGCCUGAAUCCUAUAAUCAAAGGUCAUACAGUCAUACGGACAGACUCAUGUGGUCUUUGGUUGUAUCCUUUUAGGCAUAUAAUGAAAGGAUUUGAUUAAAUGAAUCCAAGAGGUUGUGUAUAGUAUUUUAAGCUCAACGUACAUAAAUGUUUUAGUGACUGAUCACAUAAUUUAGGACUCAUAAAGACCAAGACAGAACUGUUGUCGUUUUUAGUGACUGAUCACAUAAAAAGAUAUUGCAUUGUUGAACUUAAGAGUAACUUUUCUUGAGGAGAAAGUUGUUGUCGCUGACCAACUCGAUUCCCAUGAAAUAUAUAAGCAAAAAUGGAAACAUAUUUCACAAAAUGUGGGUUUUAUGAAUAUAUCUCAUAUUAAUAUAUUUCUUUCAAAAACUGAAUCGAGCUAAAACCAAUGUACCGGAAUAAGGGUUUUCAAGUUGGUAUCAUAAACGAACCAAAUUUGAAGUUAUAGAAUGUAAGUGGGUCAAUUUUUUCAUAACUUUCACAUCUCCCGUUUCAAAAGUCAACAAGAACACACUUGAUGACUUACAGUUAAAACUCAAAUUAAUGUGGGAAUAUUUAAUACAUUUGAACCUGGAUCGUGAGUUACAGUUUGAAACCAAAUUUAUUAUUUAUAUGUUACACUUCUACUUAUUAAACAAAUUCUUACUUCCUGAUCUAUAAAUUCUAGGUUUCUUCCGAUAUUCAAAACCAUCUAAACAUCUAAAGUACAAACCAAAAAGAAAAAUAUCUAACUAUAGAAAGAAAGAUGGGAAGAAAAUUUAUUGUCUCUAUGAUCAUAGCCAUAAUCCUUUGUGCUACUAUUUCUGUCACUCAAAGUGAAGCUCAACUCCAGAAGCCACUGACGAUUCCUGGAUUUUUUGCCCCUGGUUCACCUGUUGAUCUGAUAAAAUGUUGGUCGUCUCUCUUCAGUGUUGAAGGAUGUGUACUUGAAAUCUCUAAAUCAAUUUUCUCAGGAAAAUUUGAAAAUGUUGAAGCCGCAUGUUGCAAGGCAUUCUCAACCUUAGACGCAAAUUGUUGGCCCCAUAUGUUUCCAUUGAAUCCAUUCUUUCCACCUCUUCUCAAGGACAACUGUGCUAGCAUCAUUCCUAACUUCUCAGCACACAAUUGAAACCUUAGAUUUGUAGUAGAGUAUUCUCUAGCUAUAAGAAGUUUUAUGUUUAAUUGUUUUUUUUUUGGCGAAAUACGAACUUAUGUCUAUCUUUUGACCAUGAAUAUCCUCAAUAAUUUCAAAUCUCUUAGUAAUUAUCGUUCAUAAGUUUUAACUUUGAUUGGGAUUAUGGUGACAGUAACACACAAAGAUAGGAAUCGAGACAGAUUAAAACUGAAGAAUGUGAUCUAAGAAAAAUCUACGUGUUAGACAGAGUCUCGGUGUGGAGGCUUUCAUCAGUAAGACUAACAGAAGGUAAGUCAAGUUAAAAAAAAAAUGAAGCUGCGUCACAUGAGACACGUUGAAAAUAAGCUCAUCGUUAUCUUUCUUCCAGUUAGAACACAAGUGUGGGGGAAAAAACACACAAGUGUAUGUGAUCGAAAGAUGCUUCGUUAACGUAACUAUCAAAAUUAAUAUCAACGUAAACAAGUUUCCUGUAAGGACUUACGUUUUAUACUGCGACUGAGUUCGUACAAUUCUUGAUGCCUUAAUAUGAACUACCCGCACGCCCGUGCGGAUGUAUUUUUUUUGAAAAUAUGAUG